GGGUAGGUCGAUGGAAGUAAUUUAAUGAAUUGUUUAUUCUCACGCGAUCGCCCAUCAGUUUUGGUGAAAUUAGUAAAUGCCAGUUGGGUGGUAAUGUCUGCGAACUAAGUUAUUGAUGAAAUUAUCGAUCGGACAGGUAAAACUAAAGUGUUCCAGCGAGAACCCGAGGUUAUUGACAGCGUGGCGUCAGACGAGAGUUGGGAGGAGGAAGCCAUUGUAAUGCGCUGACUCCGAAUCAAUUUUUCACGACAUCCUUCAUCGAAGAAGCAUAGUCAUUCAGCUGGCUGCGGGCCGAGACCUGUGCGGAUUCUAAGGUAACGGCAAGGACGUCAUUACUAAACAAACAUGAGCUCUGGGCGAGCUAGUCCACUGGGCCAUAAUAGCGGCGGCGGAGGCGCUCUCGGUCAAAGCUUGGAUAAAAACGAGUUGGAGAUGGACCGUCUGUCUAACCGAUCUAGCAGUGGGCGGCCUGACAGCGCCCACUCCCGCCAAGCCUGGGGUGAUGAUGACCCCUCGGACGCUUUUGCUAGGCGAAUGGAACCCAUGGAAAAUGACAAUUAUGUAGGACCACCCUCAGGACGGACAGAUACAGCUGUACGACAGUCCACAGGAUGCUGGGGCUACUUCAAACGUGGCCUGAGAUCUCUGUGGGCCACCCGCUUCACAGAAGAAACUAGGGGGGACCGAGAACUUCAUGUGAAGACAACUUUGAGAGAGUUGAUUGUCUACCUGGUGUUCCUGGUGGUGGUCUGUGUUAUCACAUUUGGUAUGACCAGCACCACCAUGUACUACUACACCAAGGUGAUGAGCGACCUGUUUUUGGACACGACUGCAGAAGGUGGCAUUGGCUCCUUCAGGGCUAUCACUAACACAGAAGAGUUCUGGAAGUUUGCCCGUAGCCCUCUGAUCAAGGGAUUGUAUUGGGAAACUUGGUACAACAAUGACAACUUCUCAGAGACAGGCUACAUCUACUACGAGAACAAACUGCUAGGUUUACCACGUAUCCGUCAGCUUAAGGUUCACAGCAACUCCUGUGUCGUUCAUGAAGACUUUUCUCAGGUCAUUCGAGAAUGCUACGACUCUUAUGCCCCCAGUAUAGAGGAUAAAGAGCCUGUGCCAGGAAAAGACCACAAUGAAUCAGCGUGGGUCUAUCAGAGUGAGGAGGAUCUAGACGGUUCAAGUCACUGGGGCUUGCUGACCUGGUAUGGGGGAGGGGGCUAUGUCCAGGACAUGCCCAUCAGGAAGGCGGAUGGUCAAGCUGUCAUAGAGAACUUAUUCAACAAUUUGUGGAUAACAAGAGGAACUCGAGCAGUCUUCAUUGACUUCACUGUUUACAAUGCCAACAUCAAUCUUUUCUGUGCCGUCACGCUUCUGGUGGAGUUCCCAGCCACAGGUGGCGCUAUUCCAUCAUGGACUUUCCGGACUGUGAAGCUGAUUCGUUACGUUUCUAUCGGGGACUACUUUGUCAUGGCCUGUGAAUGCAUCUUCAUGCUCUUCAUUAUCUACUACAUUGUGGAGGAGGUGCUGGAGAUCAAGAAGCACAAGCUGUCCUACUUCAAGAGUUUCUGGAACAUUGUUGAUGUGAUUGUGAUCUUGAUUGCCCUGGUGUGUAUCGCGUUCCACAUCUAUCGGACGAUCACCAUUGAGAACAAGCUGAACACACUCCUGGAUAACCCCAACAAGUACCUAGACUUCCAGUUCCUGUCCUACUGGCAGACUGAGUUCAACAACAUCAUGGCCAUUGCUGUCUUCUUCGCCUGGGUCAAGGUGUUCAAGUACAUCAGCUUCAACAAGACUAUGACCCAGCUGUCCUCUACACUGGCCCGUUGUGCAAAGGAUUUGGCUGGCUUUGCUGUCAUGUUCUUCAUCAUUUUCCUGGCCUUUGCUCAGCUGGGUUACCUCAUCUUUGGCACGCAAGUCAAGGACUUCAGCACCUUCCCAAGCGCCAUCUUCACCCUGUUCCGUAUUGUGCUGGGAGACUUCGACUUCCACGAGCUGGAGAAUGCUAACCGUGUGAUUGGACCUCUCUACUUCAUGUUCUAUGUGUUCUUCGUCUUCUCGUGCUGAUCAACAUGUUCCCUUGCCAUCAUUAAUGACACCUACUCCGAGGUGGAAGGCGACAUUGCCAGCCAGAAAAACGAGUUUGAAAUGGCAGACUACUUCAAGAGGGGCUAUCAGAAGAUGCUGGACAAACUGAAUUUCAAGCGGGACAAGAUUGUGGACAUCCAGAAGGCUCUGAAAUCUGCAGACAUUAACCAUGACGAACAACUGGACUUUGAGGAGUGGAGAAAUGACCUGAAAAGACGCGGGUAUGCCGAUACUGAGAUUGAGGCCGUGUUUGCUAAGUAUGAUGAGGAUGGGGAUCGAAUCUUGGACAAGAGCGAACAGCAGCGUAUGCAUGCUGAUCUGAGUGAACAGAAGGCUGCUCUGAAUAAGGAAUACGAUGAUCUUAAAGAGAAUGCCCAUCGUCCCGGCACCACGCGAAGAUCCAGCAGUCGUGUCAGCUUUAACGAGGACAGCGGUGAUGACAGUGAUGAUGAAGACAGUGGUACAAAAUCCUCAAGAACUGGGCGCACAUCAAGCGGAGUGUCAUAUGAAGAGUUCACAGUCCUCUCGCGGAGAGUCGACAGAAUGGACACUCCAUUGGCAGCAUAGUCUCCCAAAAUUGAUGCAGUUUUAGUUAAAUUGGAGGCAAUGGAAAAAGCGAAAAUGAAGAGGAGGGAAACAAUGGGAAAAAUUUUAGAUAGCAUCACGGAGUCUGAUGGAAACAGUGAUGAGAUGAAGAGAGAUCAGAUGGAGAGGCUAGUGAGAGAAGAGUUGGAACGGUGGGAUUCAGAAACCUCAAUUGGCCCUACCAGUGCCCGAGGCGGCUCCCCCAGUGGCAGCAGGUAGUGGCCCAGGGGCAAUACGUAACAGAUCCGGGCGAGACUCAGGGCAGAAUAACCAAACUUCGGAGGUGUAGAGGAUUUCUUCGAGCGAGUUGCCCACAGUAAUGUGUGAUGUGAACAUUCCGUAGACCAUUGUUGGACUGGACCACUGGUUUUCCUGUCUCACGCCUAGUGAUAUACCUCUUAAUGCCUCGUCACUCUCUGUACAUGUGUUAGUGCCUCAUCACCGUUAAUCUCUCUGUGUUGGGAGUUCUUGGCCACAGUCUGCCAUCCCAUCCCUCCUCAAGGCCAUAGUGUGAUACAGCUGAUCAUCACGCCUCCCUGCACAGGGGCCUCGUGUGAUAACAGCUGAUUAUUACACCACCAUUCAGAAUGGCCCUGAUGUGAUACCAGCUGAUCAUCAUGCCUCCCCCUGGCUGGGCCUAUGGCCCAGUUGUUCAAAACUGUUUUAAGACUUAGUACCAGAUUUAACUUUAAGGCAAAUCUUCAAUUUAGUACAUAGUCCGAAACUAUUUGCAUAACAGUAUAUUCAGUAUGAACUAAAUAUGCUGCUGUUAUACACACACUUUAGACGACUGUUUUGGCUGCUGAAUUUAGCUAUGGUCUUAAAUAUAAUAGAUAACUUAAUAGCAGUAUUAGCUAAUACACUUUUGAACGGCUGGGCUCUUGUGUGAUACAGCUGAUCUUCUCACCAUCAGAAGGGCCCUGAUGUGAUACCAGCUGAUCAUCACACCACCCCUCGGGAGGGCCCAUGUGAUUACGGCUGACCGUCACACCACUCCUCUGAAUGGCCCUCAUGUGAUACCAGCUGAUUAUCACACCUCCUCUCUGAAGGGUACUUGUGUGAUACCAGCUGACGUCACACCACUCCUCUGAAUGGCCCUCGUGUGAUACCGGCUGAUCAUCACACCACCCCUCCAAAGGCCCUCGUGAUACCAGCUGAUUAUCACACCUCCUCUCUGAAGGGUACUUGUGUGAUACCAGCUGAAUGACUCUGAUCAUGAUCAGCAGACAAGGCUCUGUUAUCAGUUCUAAGCGAAACCUGUGAUAAUUUCAUUUAGAUGAUGUUCAAAAUUUGUACACUCGAAUUGAUGACUUGUUUGUGUUUUGAUUGUGUUUUUCAAAACACGUUCAGUAUCAAGGUCAACAUGAUACAUUUAUGUUUGAAUCAUGAUAGGAGAUUUUCUCAUAAAGAUGUUGUGAAACAUCAGCAAGAAUGGAGAGAAAGAUCUGGUUAUACAUUUAUAACAUAGUAACUUAAAAGACCGCCGUCCAAAUUGUUAAUAAUUGAAAUUAACUGCUGAUUGAAAUCAAAACUGCUGCACAUGUAUAUGUAACAUAGUUGGGCAUUUUAGCCUACAUGUAUGUUAGAAGAAAAUUGGCUUCUUCUAAUUUCUCUAUACAGUGUUUAGCUGAGACAUGAAGUUUCCCUUAGAAUCAAGUAGCUGAAAAGAAUGAAUUGAGAUUAAAGUUUUAAAUCAAACACUACUAGUUUGUAAUGAAUUUAUGCUGGCGGUGUUGAGUUGUCUCCCCUUGUGUUUUAAGUGCCAUAAUCAUUAUUUGCUCUUUUUAGAUGUACAAAUUUGUUAAUGAUUCAAUCACAAUCUCAUUUUAAGAAGGGUAUUACAUUUUGUAUUAAUAAAGGGUAUGUUAUAUUAUUAUUAUUGUUUUGUAACAUGAUCUAUGAAUAUCAUUUACAUAAAUUAUGUUCAUUAGAUAGGUAACCAUUAUUACAUUUUGAGAAAAGAAUACCUUUUUUUAUAAGAUGCAUGAAGU